AUGAGUAAACGAGCACCAUUCCAAAACAAUGAAGAGCAAUCUGCGAUGACUAGGAUUGCCAUCGUGGAAAAGGAUCGCUGCAAGCCAAAGAAUUGUGGAUUACCAUGCAAGCGCUCUUGUCCAGUUAAUCGCAUGGGUAAGCAAUGUAUCCAAGUCGAGGCUACAUCACCUAUAUCUCUCAUUUCCGAAGUUCUGUGCAUUGGAUGUGGUAUUUGUGUCAAGAAGUGCCCAUACGAUGCUAUAAAGAUUAUCAAUCUUCCAUCUAACUUGGCCGACCAGACAACUCACCGUUAUUCGGCUAAUUCCUUCAAGCUUCAUCGUCUGCCAACACCCCGUAAUGGAGAGGUACUUGGACUUGUGGGAACAAAUGGUAUUGGCAAAUCAACUGCUUUGAAGAUUCUGGCUGGAAAGUUAAAGCCUAACCUUGGACGCUUCGACAAUCCACCCGAUUGGCCCACGGUUCUUCAAUAUUUCCGAGGAUCUGAGCUGCAGAAUUAUUUUACAAAUGUUUUGGAGGAUGAUUUAAAAGCUGUCGUGAAACCACAAUAUGUUGAUCAAAUUCCAAGAGCGGCUAAGGGCACGGUUGAAUUUCUUGUGUCAAGAAAAAGUGAUCGGGGAAAUAAAGAGCAAGUGCUCAGGGAUAUGGAACUUGAUGGAGUUAAAGAUCGGGGUAUUGAGCUAUUGUCUGGUGGAGAACUUCAGCGUUUUGCAAUUGCUCUCUGUGUAGUUCAAAAUGCUGAUGUUUACAUGUUCGACGAGCCAUCUUCUUACCUUGAUGUCAAACAACGUCUCAAGGCGGCUGCUGUUAUUCGUGAAUGCCUGGGAGAAAAGAAAUACGUUAUCGUAGUUGAGCACGACUUGGCUGUUUUGGACUAUCUCUCCGAUUUUAUUUGCUGUCUUUAUGGCGUUGCUGGUGUUUAUGGAGUUGUGACUUUGCCUUCCGGCGUUCGGGAGGGAAUCAACAUGUUCCUUGAUGGUUUCAUUCGCUCAGAGAAUAUGCGUUUCCGAGAAGACGCACUCAAUUUCAAAGUCUCUGAUGGUCAAGAAGAAUUGGUAAAACGAACAGGACACUUCAUUUACCCUAAAAUGACGAAAAUUCUUGGCGAUUUUACCUUGCACGUCGAGGCUGGUGACUUCUCCGAUUCGGAAAUUAUUGUGAUGUUGGGAGAAAAUGGAACAGGAAAAACUACCAUGAUUAGGAUGUUGGCCGGUAAUCUCAAACCAGAUGCUGGUGAUGAAAUUCCGCCGAUGUCAGUUUCAUACAAGCCACAGAAGAUUUCGCCUAAAUCGGAUAACAUGGUUCGACACUUGUUGCACGAGAAGAUUCCCGGUAUGUAUCAGCACCCACAAUUCAAGACGGAUGUCAUGACUCCACUGAUGAUGGAUCAACUAAUGGACCGAGAAGUGCAAAACCUUUCCGGUGGAGAACUUCAACGCGUUGCCCUUGUGCUUUGUUUGGGAAAACAGGCAUCCGUUUAUCUGAUAGAUGAACCUUCUGCAUAUCUGGAUUCAGAACAGCGUUUGCACGCCGCUAAAGUGAUCAAACGAUAUAUCCUUCAUGCUAAGAAAACUGCGUUUGUGGUGGAGCACGAUUUUAUCAUGGCAACAUAUUUGGCUGAUCGAGUCAUUGUUUUUGAUGGUAUCCCCUCCAAAGAAGCCUAUGCACGCACGCCUCAAGCAUUACAAGAAGGAAUGAACCGAUUCCUAAGACUUCUUGAUAUCACUUUCCGUCGUGAUUCCGAAACAUUCCGUCCACGGAUCAAUAAGAAGGAUUCGAACAAGGAUGUGGAGCAAAAGAGAAGCGGCAAUUUCUUCUUCCUUGACGUU